AAUUGUGAUGGAGAUAGUUGAAAUGGAGAAGAUAAGGGAUUACAAAUAUGUAAUCCUAAGUACAUGAAAUCUUGGACCCAGAAGACAGGUGAACAAAAGAGCUUCAUCAAUGCUGUUUUGAUAAAUGGGAACAAACCUGAGUACUCUUUAACUGGAUUUGGGGAUGUGAAGAUUUCACAUCUACGAAAGUAUCAUGCUCAUUUACUGCAACAGGCUUUCAACAUGAAGAUGAGGAUCUUAUCGUACUGGAAAAUCGUCCUGCGAAGGAUUGUGGACAACCUUGCGCUGCAUCUGCAAUUAACUGUGAGAAAUCUCGUGGAUAAGGAGUUUCAGAAGGAGAUCAUCGCAGAAACGGUAGAUUCUAGAAGCGGGAACGGAGGCAGCGUUCAUAGGUUGCUGGAGGAGUCACCUUCUGUGGCGAACAAGAGAGAGAAACUAAACAACAAUAUCAAGUUUUUGAAGGAGUCAAAGGAUGUUGUGGUCGCCAUUGUUGAUCAGAAUUGUGGUAAUGGAGAACGUUAGUUUCUCGCCAUUUAGGGGUUUUUCUGAUGAAUUUUCUUUCCUUGGAAGGCAAGGCUUUUGUGAUCUCUUGAACUCUGGGUGUUUCCUUAUGUUUUCAAUCUUUUUGUGGUAAUGCAUUGUUUUUUUUAUGGUGUAUAACGUUUCCCGUUUUUAUGAAUUAAAAUUUAUCUUCAAA